AGCCCUAAGACCUACUAACGCCGCACGCCCAGUCGACCCAAGGCCUCAAACCAACCAAGGCGCACGCCUCGGUCGGCGUCUCCACCUCCUCCAGCAUCUGAAGUCUCAAGCCUGCGAAAAACCCUAAAGCACAAUUCCUUCCAGACUCUGAAGCAUCGAUCUCUGUGUGUCAACAUCGUAUCUUCUCGGCCAACAUGCCGAAGGUCUAUGGCACCGGAACCUACGAUUUUCGGCGGCAUCGUGUCGCUGAGUACCCGUUCGAGACGCAGACAGUGAAAACAAAAGAGAAACAACCGGAGAGACGUCCUGGAGGGAAUGUAACUAGCUCCAUAACACUUCUGGAGAUCCAACGUGACCGUCUAACCGAGAUUGCAGCGGCUAAUUGGCUGAAGGCCUCUGGCGGGGAAGACUCACAACGGAAGUUUGACCCCGAGCUUGUGAAGGGGAUUUACGAGACGGAGCUACUGGUUUUCGGCGGGCGAAAGACUGUCCCGCUUCAGAGGGUAAUGAUUCUGGAGGUUAGCCAGUACUUAGAGAACUAUCUGUGGCCCAACUUUGACUCGGAAACGGCUACUUUCGAGCACGUUAUGUCGAUGAUCCUCAUGAUUAAUGAGAAGUUUCGGGAAAACGUGGCGGCAUGGAUUUGCUUUCAUGAUCGGAAGGAUGCGUUUAGGGAAUUCUUGUGGAGGGUUCUUCGGCUGAAGGAAGAGGGAAGAAAGCUGACUAUAGCAGAGAAGACAAAUUACUUACUUUUCAUGAUUAAUGCCUUCCAGAGUUUGGAGGAUGAAAUUGUCAGUGAAACUGUUCUGAAGUUGGUAGGCUUGCAGUUAUGGCACUGCCUUUCACCUGGUAGAUUCCAGACGGAGCUAUGCUUAAACCCCCAGCUGACAAGAAAGUGGAGAAAAAUGAUUAGGAAAGAGGCCAAAGAAGCCAAGAAGCUAGGGAAGCCAUUUGAUCCUUCAAAAAUGCUGGAGGCAGCAUUCCUAAGGGAUCUAAUUGAAGAAUUUCUGGAGAUACUUGAGUUGAAGGCCAAUCAAACUGAUGACGUAGAAAGCCAUUUUGGUGAUUCGCAUGGUGAAAAAGUGGAUGAUUCUUGUGUACUAUAUUGUGAAAGGUUCAUGGAGUUCCUCAUUGAUUUAUUGAGCCAACUUCCAACAAGAAGAUUCCUGAAGGCCGUUGUUGCAGAUGUUGCUGUUGUUCCCAAGUGCCAUUUGAGUGCUCUUUAUACUCAUGAAAAGGGCCGUCUUUUUUCCCAACUGGUUGAUUUGUUACAGUUUUAUGAAGGUUUUGAGAUUGAUGAUCAUACUGGGAGUCAAAUGAGUGAUGAUGAUGUGCUUCUAGCUCAUUAUUCCCGUCUACAAGCUUUCCAACUUCUGGCAUUCAAACAAAUACCUAAGCUGCGAGACUUUGCAUUGUGCAAUAUUGGUGCAAUUAACAAGCGUGCUGAUUUUUCCAAAAAGUUAUCCGUAUUAUCCGCUGAGGAGCUCCAAGACUUGAUUUUCAACAAGCUCAAAUUGGUUUCAAAAGAAGAUCCGUGUGCUUCAAAACUGGACUUCCUCCUUGAAGUUCUGGUGUCCUUCUUUGAAAAGCGCCAGUCCCAGAAGGAUGCCAUAAAUGCUCUUCCUUUGUACCCAAAUGAGAAGAUAAUGUGGGAUGAAAGCCUUGUCCCUAGUAUCAACUACUCUGGAGAAGGUUGCCUUGCUCUCCCAAAACUCAACCUCCAAUUUCUAACGCUGCAUGAUUAUCUGUUACGAAAUUUCAAUCUUUUCCGCCUUGAGUCUACAUAUGAAAUUCGAGAAGAUAUUCAGGAGGCUGUUCCACAUCUGCUUGCUUACAUUAAUAAAGAAGGUGAUACAGCCUUCCGGGGUUGGUCAAGAAUGGCUGUGCCAGUUAGGGAAUUUAAAAUCACUGAGGUUAAACAACCUAAUAUUGGGGAAGUCAAGCCUUCAUCUGUAACUGCAGAAGUUUCCUUUAGCAUCUCUAGUUACAGGGCUCAUAUAAGAUCAGAGUGGGAUUCCAUAAAGGAGCAUGAUGUCUUAUUUUUGCUAUCCAUACGACCUUCUUUCGAACCUCUCAGUCAGGAAGAGGCUGCCAAGUGUACUGUUCUGGAGAGGCUAGGGCUUCAGUAUGUUCGUGGAUGUGAAGUUAUUGAGGUUCGUGAUGAAGAAGGUGUUCUUAUGAAUGAUUUUACUGGAAGUAUCAAAAGGGAUGAGUGGAAACCUCCAAAAGGUGAUCUCCGGACAAUUGUUGUUGCCCUAGAUACAGCACAAUAUCACAUGGAUGUUACUGAUGCUAGUGACAGAGGAGCAAUGGAUGUGUAUGGAUCAUUUAACAUCUUAAUGAGAAGGAAACCUAAAGAAAAUAAUUUCAAAGCAAUAUUAGAGUCCAUUCGAGAUCUAAUGAAUGAAACUUGCAUAGUUCCGGAUUGGCUGCAUAAUAUAUUUUUGGGUUAUGGAAAUCCAUCGGCUGCACAGUGGACAAAUAUGCCUGAUCUUCUAGAAGUUGUUGAUUUCAAAGAUACUUUUCUAAAUGCAGAUCAUCUCAGAGAGAGCUUUCCUUAUUUUAAGGUCUGUUUUGUUAAAGCGGAUCAUCAAGAAGAUUUGGAUCCACUUCCUCCUUUCCGUAUAACACUUCCCAAAGCAAUGAAAAACAGUACGCAUGCUCUUUCAGGCGAUCUGAAAUCAAAGAUAAUAUCCCCUAUUCACAAUUCCGAGGAGAAAAUUAUUGUAGAGGCAUAUAUUCCUCCUGACCCAGGACCUUAUCCUCAGGAUCAACCAAAACGAAACUCAGUUAGAUUUACACCAACUCAGGUUGGUGCAAUUAUUUCAGGAAUCCAGCCUGGGUUGACCAUGGUUGUUGGUCCACCCGGUACUGGUAAAACAGAUACGGCGGUGCAGAUUUUGAAUGUUCUAUAUCAUAAUUGCCCUUCACAGAGAACACUAAUCAUCACACAUUCUAAUCAGGCUCUAAACGACCUUUUUGAGAAGAUAAUGGAGCGGGAUGUACCGGCAAGGUAUCUGCUUCGAUUAGGUCAGGGCGAACAGGAGCUAGCAACUGAUCUGGACUUCAGUCGACAAGGCCGCGUGAAUGCGAUGCUUGUACGGCGACUAGAAUUGCUUAAUGAAGUAGAAAGACUGGCUAGGUCUCUUAAGCUACCCGAAGAUGUCGGCUACACUUGUGAAACUGCUGGAUACUUUUGGUUGCUCCAUGUUUAUUCAAGGUGGGAGCAGUUUUUAGAUGCUUGUACAAAAAAUAAAAACAAACCCACAUUUGUCAAAGACCGUUUCCCAUUCCAUGAUUUCUUCUCCAACACUCCUCAGCCUGUUUUCAGUGGCGAAUCCUUUGAGAAAGACAUGCGAGCAGCGAAGGGUUGUUUCCGUCACCUUUCUACAAUGUUUCAGGAGCUGGAAGAAUGCAGGGCAUUUGAACUACUCAAAUCAACAGCUGAUCGUGCAAAUUAUCUCAUGACUAAACAAGCUAAAAUUGUUGCCAUGACCUGCACUCACGCAGCAUUGAAGAGGAAAGAUUUUCUUCAGGUGGGAUUCAAGUAUGACAACUUAUUAAUGGAGGAAAGUGCACAGAUACUGGAGAUAGAGACAUUUAUACCAAUGUUGCUUCAAAGACAGGAAGAUGGAUAUGCUCGAUUGAAGCGCUGCAUAUUGAUCGGCGAUCAUCAUCAGUUGCCUCCAGUUGUAAAAAAUAUGGCUUUUCAAAAGUAUAGCCAUAUGGAUCAGAGUCUUUUCACCAGGUUUGUUCGGUUGGGCAUUCCCUAUAUAGAGCUUAAUGCCCAGGGUAGGGCUCGAUCAAGUCUGGCCAAACUUUACAACUGGAGGUACAGAGAUUUAGGUGAUCUUCCUUUUGUUCGCGAGGAUCCUAUUUUUAACAAAGCCAAUUCUGGAUUCUCUUAUGAUUAUCAGCUUAUAGAUGUGCCUGAUUACCUUGGCAAAGGUGAAACUGCUCCUUCUCCAUGGUUCUACCAGAAUGAAGGAGAGGCAGAGUACCUUGUUAGUGUUUACAUGUACAUGCGUUUACUAGGAUACCCGGCAAGUAAGAUUUCUAUAUUAACAACUUACAAUGGCCAAAAGCUUUUGAUCCGUGAUGUCAUCAGAAGAAGAUGCAACAGUUGUGGGAUUGGUCCGCCUAGCAAGGUUGCUACUGUUGAUAAAUUUCAAGGUCAGCAAAAUGAUUUUAUCUUGCUUUCUCUUGUCCGGACUCGUUUUGUGGGCCAUUUGCGAGAUGUGAGAAGACUGGUCGUUGCUAUGUCUCGAGCUCGGUUGGGGCUUUACGUGUUCUGUCGACGCGCUUUGUUCGAACAAUGUUAUGAACUUCAACCUACCGUUCAGCUACUUCUCCAGAGACCAGACCAUCUUGCCUUGAAUCUGGAUGAAGCCACCCCUUUUACAGAACGCCAUGUUGGAGAAACUGGGAGAAUUCACUUUGUAAGUGGCAUUCAGGAGAUGGGCGGCUUGGUUAAUUUCAAGAUGCAACAACUCUACCAGGUACAGGUUAUGGGAGACCAGUAUGCCGCAUACCAGAAGCCCAUUUCCCAGCCAAAUGGAGCUCUAAAAUCGUCUUCUCUGGAAGCAGUUGAGAACUCGGUCAGAAAUGAGGAUACUGAUAUUGACAGCGGUGAUCAAGAACGCGAUUCCCAUCCAAACGGAGUUCUAAAAUCCUCUUCUCAGAACGCAGUCGGGGACUCGGAGAAAGUUGAGAACCUUUCUAGUGGUGACGAUGGAAAUAUGCUACAGGAAGAUGGAUUAGCAGAAGAUAAGAUGGAGGAAUGAUCGGAGAAUUUCUCAUUUGCAAAUUUUGAUCCUUCAGCAGAGGCUUCUUCUGUGGUGAAUAAUAUAAUGCUUGUUGUAUCCCAUAAAACUAUGUUUCAUGGGACUGAGUAAUAGCUACAAGGCCACAUCAAUUAAAUUGAAGCCAAAAAUAUAUUUCAGCUGGGAAGAUGAAGGUAAGUUUUUAAUUUCUAGGGUAAUUUGUUAUGGGUGUAUGUGCUUUAGGCAUUUUCUACAGAUUUUGUUGUACAGCAAUGAUAAGCGAACCAUUUAUGAAGGUGAUAAA